AUGUUUUCACAUAUCAAGAUGACUGUGGAUCAUUCUUGCUUGGCGUCUUGCGUUUGUAUGAAAUUCUGAUCUCAUCUUGUCUUUCUGCCUGUAAUAUAGUCUGACUGAUGUACUAAUGUUGAACAUUUGGUUUUAUUAGUGAAUGAGGAAUUAAAAUUAACAAAUAUAACACUUGAUGGUUAUGCAAAAGGGUAAACAAGUGGUACAAAUUUUCUCUCACUGUAUUGUGUUUUUUCCUUACAUUUAGAUUUCAGUCUGCUUAAUACAAAAUUUAGUUUCAUGGCAAUUGAUAAUGAAUUUAAUGAGACAUAUAUAACUUUUGGUGGGCAUAUAGAAUUGGAAAAAUACAAAUUUCUGUAUUUUGUUAUCAUGUUUACUGCUUAUAUUCUAAUACUCUGCAGUAAUUCAACCAUAGUUUGCCUCAUCUGGAUUAAGAAAAGCCUCCAUGAGCCUAUGUAUGUUUUUAUUGCAGCUUUGUUGCUUAACUCUGUUAUGUUCAGUACAAAUAUCUACCCCAAACUUUUGAUGGACUUUUUAUCUGAGAAGCAGAUUACAACUCAUUCACAGUGCAGUUUUCAAGGAUUUAUUUAUUACUCUUUAACUGGUUCAGAGUUCUUCCUCUUGGCAUCCAUGGCUUAUGACAGGUAUGUGUCCAUAUCUAAACCUUUGCAAUAUCAUACUAUUAUGAGAAAAACAACUGUCAAAAUUUUGUUGGUUUUAACUUGGCUUCUGCCUGCUUGUCAGCUUGUGCCAUCAGCUGUAAUUAUAAAUACUUCACAAAUCUGCCGUUUUACUUUGAAUGGAAUUUUUUGUAACAAUGCAAUUUCCAAGCUUUACUGUGCAACCCCGAGAAUAUCAUAUUUAAUAUAUGGUGUGUUUAUACUAAUUAACACUGUAUUUCUUCCUUUGCUUUUCAUACUGUUUACAUACACAAAAAUAUUUAUAAUAUGCUAUCGAAGCUGCAGGGAGGUCAGGAGAAAAGCUGCACAGACCUGUUUACCUCACCUGCUCGUUUUGAUCAGCUUCUCAUGUUUGUGUUCGUAUGAUAUAAUUAUAACUCGACUUGAAAUUAGUUUAUCCCAAACUGCACGUUUCAUAAUGACUUUACAAGUGGUUUUGUAUCAUCCCCUCUUUAAUCCAGUUGUAUAUGGACUGAAAAUGAAAGAAAUCUCUCAACACCUCAGGAGGUUGUUUUGUCAGAGCAAAUUUAAAUUAUCUGUCAGAGCUGAUGCUAGAAGUGCAAUAAUUUCCUUUGUAAUCUAAAUUUAAAGACCUGACUUCUCUUCAGUGCAGUUGUGUGUUUUUACAGGUGAUAUACAUUACACCUGUUGUUGUUUUUAUUGUUAUCAUUAUUGUUUAUGUAAAUAUUACACUAUAAUAUUAUACUGUAAAGUACUGAUGUACCUGUAUUAAUUUGCAUGCAUUUAUAUACGUCGGUAUUAUUUUAUAUACUUGUGUGUCUACUAUAUACUGUACAAAUAGAGGAUGAUAGUUAGUAUAUCAAUAGAAUAUAAUACUUAAACUCAUUAACCUACUUAUCCUGCUUGCUGAACACAAUAUGCAUUACAAUGAUGCAAUAGCUUUGCCCUUUUCACCAGAACUGCAUAUUC